AUGGUCAAGGUCAAAACGGUCGCCUACUGCAAGAUCUCCCUUCAUGCUGUCAAAUACCCACAUUGUGCAGUUCGAGGACUCCUCAUAGGACGCGUAAACAAUGGAGACACAGAGAUUGAGGACGCGAUUCCAGUUCUGCACGGGUCUUUGUUGGCACCACCGGUCGAAGCUUGUCUAAUACAAACUGCGGCGUAUUGCGAAGCGGAAAAGCUGAAGAUUGUCGGAUGUUAUGUUGGUAAUGAACGACCCAACGAUUCGAAGUGAGUCUUUUGCUUUGUUUUUCUUCGAUUUUAGGAGAAAGAGAGGAAUGCGAAAUUUACCCAUGGGAGGUAGAGAAAAUUGGUGAAAUUCGAAGGUUUUCUUUGAUUUUGAUAGGACCAAAAGCCACUUGCAUUUAGUUUAUGGUCAAUUUAAGCUCACCAUAUGGUUUUGGUCAAGUUGAAUUUUAAUUUCCCUCCAAUAAAACCGUCCUUUCGUUAGAACAAGGAUAAGAUAAUAUUCUCUGUAAAUGGAGGUCUUCUUCGACAGAUUAUUGAAUUUUGCCCGCUUUGAGGAUUAAAGAGGGUGCUGAAGAGAACUUGGUUUGAUUGCUUUGUUCCUUCGCAGAUAAAUUUAUAUUAUCCAUGACAACCUCUUCGAUUUUCAGCCUAGAUCAUUUAUGGGCCAAAUUGAUCCAUGACAAGCUCCAUUCGGAUGGAAUUGCACAACCGGUAGCUAUUCGCAUUGAUAGUACGAAGCUCUCGUCCAAUUCAAAUACCUCAUGUUUGGUCUCCUACACUUAUGAUAAUGCCAAAUGGAAACAGGUCAAGUAGGUUCAAAAAUUUUCUCUUUUGAUUGUUCAAUCUUUAGUACAAGUCUCUUCAACUCCGAAGAAGCCCUCGCAGCUUAUUCGGCGGCCCUACAAUCACGACUUCAUCGAUGCGUCGUGGACUUCGAAGGGCAUCUGGAUGAUCCGGCCAACGACGACUUCUUCAACACCGAGCUGGCCAAAAAACUAGUCGAGCUAACGAGUUAA